GCCUGUCACGUGGCAUGGUUUCCAUAGUAACGUAUCAGUUUUGGUUGUUUUGAUGCGUUGCUGGACUGAAGCGAACUGAUGUCCUAGCGACAAACAAGCACUUUACGUGUAGAUAUAGCUAGCGAACUAGCUAAACUAUUGUUAUAUGUUUACAGUAGGAAGCUUUCUAGCUAGUAAACCGUUCCUGAAACGUAGCUAGCAAGGUACUUAAAGAGUUGGUGGCCAAAGCGGGCCAGCAAGGAGGUCAGAAUGUCGGGCGACCUGGUAGGAGUGUGGGAAGUGGCCCUGAGCGAUGGAGUCCAUCGGAUUGAGUUUGAACAUGGCACAACCACGGGGAAAAGGAUCAUCUACAUAGACGGAAAGGAAAUUGUAAGAAGAGACUGGAUGUUCAAGCUGGUGGGAAAGGAGACCUUCAAUGUAGGAAGUGCGGCCACCAAAGCGACCAUUAACAUUGACGCAGUGAGCGGCUUUGCUUACGAAUACACCCUGGAGAUCAAUGGAAAGAGCCUGAAAACGUACAUGGAGAACCGCUCCAAAGUCACCAACACUUGGCUGCUGAACCUGGACGGCAUCGACUGCAGGGUCGUCCUGGAGAAAGACACUAUGGAUAUUUGGUGUAAUGGACAAAAAAUGGAGACAGCGGGGGAGUUUGUGGAAGACGGUACUGAGACACACUUCACUCUAAGCGACCAUGACUGUUGCAUUAAGGCCGUGAGCAGUGGAAAGAGGCGAGAUGGCAUUAUCCACACUUUGCUUGUGGAUGGCACAGAGAUAGCUGAAACCACAGAGUGAUUGUCUGUAUAGGUGUUUUGAGCACUUUGUUGGAGUGAAGAAAGCCUUUUUCAAAUCAGGGACAAAAUAAUAAACUGAACAUUGGUGCUGUGUGAUAUUUCACUGUCAAGCUGGAGUCCAUGAGGCACCUCUGCACAAUGUCCAUGAUCUUAGAUGGUUAACCACCAAAGAUCAUGGGCAUCGUGCAGAGGUACCUCAUGGGCUCCAGUUCUGUAGACAUACAGUAUUUUAUAUAAUUUUAUCUGGUAAAUUGACAUUAUCACCAGUGAGUGAAAGGCAGGUUGCACAGUUGUGUCAAGAGGAGUAGUAAUGUCAAUUAAGUGUUUUUCCUAAAUGGGAAAACAUUUCUUCAUUUUUAAGUUGAUAUUCCAGUCACUUUCCAGAAAGUGCACUGUGUAUGAGGAAUCAUCCUUGUACUUGUAAUUUACAAAACACACAUCUGCUUCCCAAAUGGCACCCUAUUCCCAUAUGGGCCCUGGUCAAAAGUAGUGCACUAUAAAAGGAAUAAGGUGCCAUUUGGGACACAGAACCUGUCCAUGGGCCAUGUAGCUCACUUAUAAUGCAUUAAUGUGCCAGUAAUUUGCUUUUUUGUGUAGGCUGCAACAUUCUAAAACAAAUUAAUUGUAAUAACUGGAGUAUAAAGUUUAUAAACAGAUCUGUCCCGUGCAUAGUUGGUAACAUCAAUGGUAUGUUUAUGUUAAUGAUUAUUUGAUGUCAGCCCUUACAAUUAAUUAAUUAAUUGAGUUUAGGCAAGUUUGGUAGGUGAUAAGUGUAUGUAAAUACAGUAUAUGAACUUGUUGGCCCAAAUUCUAACAGUUGCAGAUAAAGGAAAACCACACUGGGGUUCACUCAGAAUUUUGAUGCUGUAUUGGAGGUGUUAACUGUUAAGAAUGAUUCAUCUCAGUUAACCCAGAACUAUAGUCUCGCAUAAUUGGUCAGAUACUUGAUUAUGUUCUGGGUGUUUAGAGAAUGAGGAUCAAAACCGGAACGAAGAGCUUCACAAUCUCACUUUGCAAGUUACGGGCAAGUCUAUGGGCAAAAUGUCCACUUUGCAAGUUACGGGAAAAAAAGUGCUAACAUCUGCGAAAUUGUGAUUUGUCCAAAGCACCAGAACUAAUGCUGCUCGUUAUCCCAUGCAUCCCUUUGCAUUUUGACAGAUCUACGCUACCAUGUAUAUUUAUGUGGUCUGUCCAGGAGAGAUGAAAAACUGACACUUGCCAUUGGAUAUUGAUGUGAAAAUACACCUGUCCAAAGUAUAACGUAAACCUGUCCAUGUACCAGUUUUCCUAUAUCUGUGAUUGAUUGAUUGAUUUGGGGUCAAUUCAAUGGAACGGGACUUCUUUUGCUAGAUUCUAGCCAGUGUCUGACAUGAACAGAAUAAACUGUGCUGUUACUCUCAGAUUCUAUUUAUUUUAUAUCAAAAGAGCACUAUAUGUAUUCAGGUAUAGUUACUGCAUUGUUUGUAUUAUGUACACUGCAUGACCAAAAGUAUGUGGACAGACACCUGCUUGUCAAACAUCUCAUUCCAGAAUCAUGGGCACAUUAAGUUGGUCACCCCUUUGCUGCUAUAACAGCCUCCUCUCUUCUGGGAAGGCUUUCCACUAGAUGUUGGAACAUUGCUGUGGGGACUUGCUUCCAUUCAGCCACAAGAGCGUUAGUGAGGUCGGGCACUGAUUAGGCCUGGCUUGCAGUCUUCGUUCCAAUUCAUCCCAAACGUGUUCGAUGUGGUUGAGGUCAGGGCACUGUGCAGCCUAGUCAAGUUCUUCCACACCGAUCUCGACAAACCAUUUCUGUAUGGACCUCCUUUUGUGCACGGGGGCAUGGUGAUCUUAGGCUUGUGUGUGGAUGCUUGGCUAUGGAAACACAUUUCAUGAAGCUCCCGACGAAUAGGUCUUGUGCCGAUGUUGCUUCGAGAGGCAGUUUAGAACUUGGUAGUGAGUGUUGCAACCGAGGACAGAAUAUUUUAUGCGCUACACACUUUAGCACUCAGAGGUCCCGUUCUGUGAGCUUGUGUGGCCUGCUACUUUUCGGCUGAGCCUAGACUUUCCACUUCACAAUAGCAGGGCAGAAAUUUUAAAAACUGACUUGUUGGAAAGGUGCCAUCCUAUGACAGUCCCAUGUUGAAAGUCAAUGAGCUCUUCAGUAAGGCCAUUCUACUGUCAAUGUUUGUCUAUGGAGAAUGUUUGUCUAUGGAGAUUGCAUGGCGGUGUCCUCGAUUUUAUAUAGCUGUCAGCAAGGGAUGUGGCUGAAAUAGCCGAAUCCACUCAUUUGAAAGGGUGUCCAUAUACUUUUGUAUAUAUAGUGUAUAUUUUGUUUUGUGUGUCAGGUGUUUCAACAUGUUUAUAAUGUUUAUAUUUUGUUGAACUUGUCAGACAUGACUUAUUUGAUUAAAUCCAUGUAAUAUCA